AUGCUCAAGCAGUUGCUCGUCGCUUUCGCACUUUUCAGCGUUGCUUUGACUAUUAAUUGUUAUUAUGAUUGGUCAUCUGGAAAGGGAGAGUCACACACUGGAAAUAAGAUGAACCGCCCUUGUCCCGGCUGCGACUACUGCCUCAAGUUUAAAACCAAGGAGAAAAGUAACACUGCUGUUUAUUGGGAUUGUGGAUGUUCACAAUAUAAUGGAAUCUCUGGUGCUGAUUGUCUGCGGUCUGGGUCCCAGAAGGAAACGGUCUACAUUGACGAAGCGCAUACAAAUAUUAGUAACUCGAUUAACUGUGAUGGAUGCGAUUUUUGUUUAAAAACUAUUGUUAAGGACAAAAAUGUUCACAAUGUAAAUUGGGGUUGCGGGUGUGAAAAUAGAAAUCUCAUGGGUUACGCGUGUACGGAACCGGGAAAGGAGAACGAUCAAUCACAUAACGCUAAUGGGGAGAAAAACCAGUUGCAUGUUCGGAGGAUUGUCGAUUUUGCCUUAAAUGGUCGGGCGAGUAUGACAAUAAUGCAACAGUGGCUUGGAAUUGUGGAUGUGGACAGUGGAUGGUCAAUUGUGAUAAAAAAGGCAAAGGAACGAAGAAAGUGCAAGACGAAAAGCAAUAAAACUUGCAGUUGCAGCUUUUGCUUCAAGGGAACCGGCAAGGUUGAUGACAAGGAUUAUACAGUUUGGGGAUGUGGAUGUGAUAAUGGAUUCAUCGAUUGCAAGACAAAC